AUGUCUCAGCACGGAGUGGAGAGCUACGACGAUGGCAUCCUCUAUCCCCCUAAGGAUGUCUCAGUGACCAUCAGCUCCUCUGGUGAGAUAGUGGAGGGCGGAGUAGUGACUCUGAGCUGCAGCAGUGAUGCUAACCCACCUGUGGAGACCUACACCUGGUAUAAGGUGAAUGAAAGCUCACCUGUAGGAUCUGGACAGAGUUACAGCUUCACCUUGAGCUCCAGGAGCAGUGGAUGGUUUUACUGCGUGGCUCAGAAUAAGUUCGGGAAUCAGAGCGCCGCUGCAGUGCCUCUCACUUCAAGUGAGCGUCUAUCUUUGCACCUGUUCACGGUUUUGUGUGUCGCUGUUGGCGUCGGUUGCUGCGCCAUCGGGGCUGUCGUAACCGGACUUUUCUGCAUGAGGAGACAGAGGAAGCAGAGCGUGACGGUUAAACAUGACUACGUGAAUGACGGCGUUCACGUGGUACACGGCCCAUAUAUCACUCUCGACCCCGCGACCAGGUCCUCCCAUGACCUGUACAGCACACUCACAACAAUAAGGCAUAACUGAGAUCGUCAGUCGUACCCAUGGGUAAAACAAGACGCCACCUCGGUUCCGGUGGUGAAGAGUUUGAAGAGUUCAGAAAUUAAAUCUUUACAUUUAUAAUAAAAAAAAAUGCAGUUAAUGCUUAAGUGUUUUAUUUAUUUUAUUUUUUUAUUUUUUUUUGUAUAACACAUACUAUAUAAUAUUGUGUUUUUCCUUUUUGUGCAUUGUAAGUUGUUUUUUUUUUUUUUUAAACUGGAGUGAGUAAAUGUCAAAUGAGAGAAGUGUUUGGUGAAGUGUGAAUCCUGUACCUCAAAUAAAGGACCUUGU